AUGCGCUUGUCGUCGCUCUCCAUGACACCCGACGAGGAGAAGGCAUGCACGACCGAAGCGUUUCUGGUUGCGGUCGGGCAGGUAGGUAGUGAUCCUGCGAAGGCAGCUACGGAUCUCUCGGUCUUUGCGCCUGACCCUUCAGUGCUGGCCAUUGAUGAGGCUGUGAUGGGGCCGCAAGGCGCAGGUCGUACGGCGGAGCUUUUUGCUCAGCGUACUACGCCCUUGGCCACGAUUCUUUGCUUAGCCGCCGAGUAUAGGCGCGCCUCCUGUCCCGGCACUGUGAUGAUGUUGGAAGGGCCUACGAACGAAGUCCUUUCGCAUCCUCAGCUGGGCGAGCAUGCACGAUAUAUGCCUACGUUGAUCACACAAUGGGCCACUUCUAUGAUGGAAAAGAAUGCAAUCGGAGAGCCAGCGCAUACACUCCCUCUUCUCGAACGGUUGGUGGACGUUUUAGGCACACACAAUGCUGGCAUCACAGGCGCUCAUGUAUGUUUGCUGCGGGCAUAUGUGGAUUCAUCGGAGUACGACAAAGCAAUCGCUUUGUGUCAACGUGUGGAUGUGUUCCAAACCGAUAACACAUCACAGGCCUUGGAUAUCCUGGCGUUUGUCUGCUUAGCAGCGCAUGCGUAUGAGUAUCGGAAGGAGAUCAAUACGGCAAUGGCAUACUGGCAUAAUGCGCUAUCUCUUCCGACCAAUGUCAUUCAUCCGUGGCAGAUACAGGCGCUGAAAAAGUUGGUGGUAGCGUAUGUGAUUCGCGAUGGCCGCGUACCAGCCAUGCCUCGUAUGCUCCCGCUAGCGUCUGCGUCUCUGCAUGCCCAAUAUGGGCGUGAUACGGAUUGGUACUGGACAUGGGCCAAGUACGCUACUUCGACACACAUGGAGAGUGCUCGAACGGCCCAACAACUCGCAGACGAGCAUCGAAGUGCCCUGGAGAACGAAGACAUGUGGCGCCUUGUCCAACAGGCGCUACACGCACAAAAAAUGCACUGGAUUUUAGCUUUGCCGCCCUUGUACAAGACUAUACCCUUGGCCAGGAUCGCCGAAUACGUGGACUGGCCGUCGGAGGACGUGGAGCGUAUCCUAGCCGACUUGACAACACAAGGCCGUCUGCAUGCUACGAUCUAUUUGAGUGAUAUACCUAUACCUUCUGACGCGCUCCCAGUGCCUGGUGGCUAUGUUACUGGGGACCCCGGUCGUCACUGGGUCCGCUUUGAUGAUCCGCCACCAUCGCCGUCCAUGGAGCACGCGUGGGAAGAGGUCCUUGCCAAAGAAAAGGCCGCUACACAGACGCUACAUGCACUCAAGCACCAGGUAUACACAUCACCAGGCUUUCUCUCGCGGAUCAUUACGCUCAAUGCUGGUGCUGCCACGACCGUAGAGUCUGAGAUGGAGGCGGAGAUGGCAUAG